GGAGCGCGUUAGGCGAGGCACCGGACGUCGGCGGCUGGCGGAGCCGGGAGGCGAAGCUGGAGCGGCGGUGGCGGCGGCGGCGGGAGGCUGGGGCCGGGGCUGAGGCCGAGGCCGGGGCUUCGAGGCCCUUGGGGAGGCAGGCGGUGGCGGCCCGGGCCCCGAGCCCGGAGGCGGGAGCGGUCGCCAUGGCCGAGAACAUCAUAAUCCGUGUCCAGUCCCCAGAUGGAGUGAAGCGGAUCACAGCAACUAAGAGAGAGACAGCUGCAACGUUUCUGAAAAAGGUUGCAAAGGAGUUUGGCUUUCAAAACAACGGCUUCUCAGUUUACAUCAAUAGAAACAAGACUGGAGAGAUAACAGCAUCGUCCAGCAAAUCCCUCCAUUUGCUAAAAAUCAAGCAUGGCGAUCUGCUGUUCCUGUUUCCCUCGAGCCUUGCUGGACCCUCAUCUGAAAUGGAGACAUCCACCUCACUGGGGUUAAAGGCCUUCAGUGCUCCUAAUGUAGUUGAAGAUGAGAUUGAUCAAUACCUCAGCAAGCAAGAUGGGAAGAUUUAUAGGAGCCGAGACCCACAGCUAUGCCGCCAUGGCCCCUUGGGGAAGUGUGUGCACUGUGUCCCACUGGAGCCUUUCGAUGAGGACUAUCUGAACCACCUGGAGCCUCCAGUGAAGCACAUGUCCUUCCAUGCAUACAUCCGGAAGCUGACUGGAGGGGCUGACAAGGGGAAGUUUGUUGCCUUGGAGAACAUCAGCUGCAAGAUUAAGUCAGGGUGUGAGGGACACCUCCCAUGGCCCAAUGGCAUCUGCACCAAAUGCCAGCCUAGUGCCAUCACGCUGAACAGACAGAAAUACAGACAUGUGGACAAUAUCAUGUUUGAGAAUCACAGUGUUGCUGAUCGAUUCCUUGACUUCUGGAGAAAAACAGGGAACCAGCAUUUUGGGUACUUAUAUGGACGGUACACAGAACACAAGGACAUUCCUCUUGGCAUCAGGGCUGAAGUGGCUGCAAUUUAUGAGCCUCCUCAGAUUGGUACACAGAACAGCCUGGAGCUUCUGGAAGAUCCAAAAGCCGAGGUGGUUGAUGAGAUUGCCGCCAAACUUGGCCUGAGGAAGGUUGGAUGGAUAUUCACGGACCUUGUCUCAGAAGAUACCCGAAAGGGUACAGUCCGAUACAGUCGAAAUAAGGACACCUAUUUCCUGAGUUCAGAAGAAUGCAUCACUGCAGGAGACUUUCAAAACAAGCACCCCAACAUUUGCCGGCUCUCUCCCGAUGGGCAUUUUGGAUCCAAGUUUGUUACUGCAGUGGCCACAGGUGGUCCAGACAACCAGGUUCACUUUGAAGGGUACCAGGUGUCCAACCAGUGCAUGGCCCUGGUCCGUGAUGAGUGCCUUCUGCCAUGUAAGGAUGCUCCUGAGCUUGGCUACGCUAAGGAGUCCAGCAGUGAGCAGUAUGUUCCUGACGUGUUUUAUAAGGACAUAGACAAGUUUGGCAAUGAGAUCACCCAGCUGGCUCGCCCCUUGCCGGUGGAGUAUCUGAUCAUAGACAUCACAACCACCUUUCCCAAGGAUCCAGUUUACACUUUUUCUAUUUCACAAAAUCCAUUUCCUAUUGAAAACCGGGAUGUGCUAGGUGAGACACAGGACUUUCAUAGUUUGGCCACCUAUUUGUCCCAGAAUACCUCGUCUGUGUUCUUGGAUACCAUCUCCGACUUCCACCUCCUGCUGUUCCUAGUCACCAAUGAAGUCAUGCCUCUGCAGGACAGCAUCAGCCUGCUGCUAGAGGCUGUGAGGACCAGAAAUGAGGAGCUAGCACAGACAUGGAAGAAGUCUGAACAGUGGGCCACCAUUGAACAGCUGUGCAGCACCGUUGGGGUGCAGCUCCCAGGCCUCCAUGAGUAUGGUGCCGUCGGGGGCUCUACACGUGCUGCCACCUCUGCCAUGUGGGCCUGUCAGCACUGCACCUUCAUGAACCAACCUGGCACAGGCCACUGUGAGAUGUGCAGCCUCCCCAGGACCUAGGGCUCUGGCCCUCUGCUGGGUGGGACUGGGGCAGCCCAGCCCUCUCUGAAACCUGGAGCCUGAAGCCCACAGCCUUGAAGCAGUGGAGCCAACUACCCUGGUAUUCCGGAUGUACUGAAGCUUCACAGUGCUGAUCUUGGAGAGAGAGAGAGAGAGAGAGAGCCCCAGCUGCUGUGCUGGGGCUGAACAGAACCAACUGGAAAUGCAGAGCAGCCCUGCCCAGAGCACCUCACAUGCCUCACCCAGUUAAUAGCCCCCCCACUGCAGUGGAGGGACUGAGCACCUCCAAACUAACACCUGAAACCGGGGGGGUGCACGGAGAGGUUGCUGCUGUCACCCAGCUGUCUUUCCUUAUGCUUUUUGUUUUCUGCCUCCCCCCCCCCCAGUUUUUGGUUAGAUGCUCCUGGCUGUCUCUGCUCUCUUGCUGUGGGGCUGAGGCCCUGCCUGUGAGGGCCAUGUCCCUCCUGUUAUGAGGGGCCCCUGCCUGGUGGGAAUGUAUUACCUGGAGUGUGGCCUCCUUGGCCUGGUUUAGCAUGCCACCUUUCCUUUUCUGGCCCAAAGUCAGGUGGGAGUUGGUUGUAAUAACAGUUACCAGUAAUUCCUGCCCAGAAAACUUUUAUUUAUUGUUUUUAAGAUAAAAUUUUGUAAAGGGGAAGGAGAGAGGACUUAACUUCAGCUUCCUCUCCCCCUCCAGUGCAGCCCCUCUUGGGUGUUCAAGAUUGUUAGUGGGUGGGGCCACCAUCAGUUCUCCUGAAGCAAACCUCAGUGCCUGAGACUUUUCUAUCAAGCCACAGGAUGGUGGCAGCUGGCAGCAUGGGCAGCUCAGGAGCAGUGGUGGCCCUAACCUGGCAGUCAGAUGGGCCAGCCCUGGGGUUCUGCUCCCCUCCCCCAGCACUUUUCCUCCACCUAUGGCCUCCCCACACUCUGGCCUUCUGGCACAGUGCUGUGGCCAUUGAGACAGCCUAGGUAAGAUCCCCAUGGGGUCUCUCUGGGGCCUGGACAGUUGAUGCUCUACAGAUGGUGUGAGGUGCAGGCAAUCCAAAAUGGUCCCAGUGUCUCUGAGGGCCCCAUGUGGUUGUGCUCUUGACAGCCCUUUUCCAGGUGAGCUGUGGACAUCUUGAUGCCUCUUUGCCUUAAUGAGAGCUAAGUCAGCUGUAUUACACCCUGGGAAAGGCCAUCCCAGACUGCUGGGAUGUGUGUCACCCUAGUGGGACGAGCCCAUGCUGCCUUCACCAUCCUUGGCCCUGUGGACAGAACACUUGUCUGUUGGGUUAACCUAUGGCAGGGCUGUAACCAGCACCCCUAGGCUCACCUGACGUGAGAUCUGAAUCAAAGAACUGGGGUUGUCUACUCCUGAGGCUGUGGGCCCAUUGGCUUUUGUUUGGUCCUGGCAAGACUGUCCUGGAGGGCCAGGAGAGGUGGAACAGCAAGGCAGGCAAUCUCUAGCUGCCUGCCAACAUAGGAGAAAGUGCUGAGGGCUGUCUAGUCUCCUUGCUGGUAGUUGCCCUGGCUAGGGCUUCACCUUCCUGCCUCUUCUGGUCCCCGAGGUCAGGUAGAUUUGGUAUCCUGGCAUUGCUGUGUUCAUGACUUCCCGUUUCCAAGCCAGUCAUUCUAGCUGCUACCCAUUCUGGGCAGGUGCCAGGCAGCACACACUUCUGGAGACCUUCCCACCACCACUUACUCCCCAACUCACUCUCAUCUUUGUCUACCAAGCUAGUUUCCUUUUCAAUAUUUUUCUCAUGUUCUGGCAUCCACAUAAUUCACGUUUUCUUUUGUCUUUAGCUAAAGAAACUUGUGAUUUCUCUGCUUAUGGUUUUGAGUUACUCUUUGUUCAGUAAUGCACUUUAUUUUAUUGUCCAAAGAGAGUCAAGCUAAUGCUACUAGCUUAGGGUGAGCCCACCUGAAGGUUCAGGCCUGGGCAGCUCAGCUACCUCCUCCUAUGUGGAGGUGGCCCUAACCCCACCUCUAAUCCCUUUUGCCACCAGGCACUGUAGCCCAGAGAGUAGUGCCUGUGAACAUACCUGUCCAAGUGAACCUAGUAGCUGCCAUGGUCCCCUUCAGGCCCAGAGGUGGCCUAGCCCUGGCUGCCCUCUGACCAAUCUGCUCCUGGGACAGGGUGCUCCCGCUUCGGCUCUGCUUUGGGCUGGCAGGUGUGCGUCGGCUGGGUGCAGACAGCAUUUUGACUCCAGUCCUGCAGUGGAACCUAAUAAAAGCGCCUGAAGCGAU